GAAGAAAAGAUUUAGCAAAAGUGCCGCUCAUUGACUGCAACUGACAAGGCAUGGGAAUGUGUGAGCGGACUUGGAACAUUUGUAUGAUUGAGUUCAAUCUCUGAAAUUUUAGGUCGAAUCCUCUGUUUCCUUUCAAGCGUUAUUAAGCUGCCUUUUUCUUGAGAUCCAGAUCUUGAGAUGGAACAAUACAAGCCUCCCACAACUAAACUUGCCUUCCAAAGCGAUAAGAAAUAUCAUGUAUUUCUGAGUUUUAGGGGACCAGAUGUGAGAAAGACUCUGGUUGAUCAUCUUUAUGAAGCUCUCACCCAAGCAGGAUUGAUUGUCUUUCUAGACAGCGAAAAAUUGGAAAAGGGAGAGAUGAUUGGGUUGAGUCUGAACAGUGCAAUCGAGAGCAGUGUCAUACGCAUUCCCAUAUUUUCCAAAGGUUAUGCAGACUCAGGAUGGUGUCUCAAGGAGGCCGCUGCAAUGUUGAGAACCCCUGGUUUGAUCAUUCCUCUAUUUUAUCAUGUAAAUCAAGCUGAUGUUAGAUAUCCCGAAAAGGGGAGCAGUCCCUAUAACCAAUCAUUUCUCAAACAUUCAGAUCGAUUCCCAAGAGAAGAGAUUGAGGAAUGGAAGAGUGCCCUUCAGCAGAUCUGUUGUCGCUCAGGCUGGUCCAUGGAUAUAACUCAAGGCUACGAAGCUCGGCUUGUAAAGACCGUAGUGAAUGACCUGAGAAAGACAUUGGACAGAGUGCCGUUUGAGGUUGCUAAGCAUCCAGUGGGAACAGACAACGUGAAAAAUGCCAUCAUUCAGAAAUUAAAUCUCGAUGCAGUGGAGGAGGUGGUUAAGGCUGGAAUCUGGGGUAUUGGUGGUAUUGGGAAAACCACAGUUGCCAAGGCCGUGUAUAAUCAAGUUUAUGGUGAUUUUGACGCUGCUUGCUUUGUAUUUAAUGUCCGCGUCAAUGCUGAAAACCCCAGAGAUCUUACAAAUUUGCAGAAACAAAUUCUCAAAAAUUUAUCCAAAUAUGAUGGAGAAGUGUCCAGUAUUGAUGAUGGUAAAACUUUGUUCAAAGAGCGUUUGGGAAGAAAGCAUGUGUUGCUUAUUUUAGAUGAUAUGGAUGCUGUUGUACAAUUGGAUGCUUUGGUUGGGGAUUGGCUGGCCCGUGGCAGCAGAGUAAUUAUAACCUCUAAAAACAAACACAUUCUCAAUCUUGCUGGGAUUUCAUCCGAAUGCAUCCAGGAAAUGACUGGAUUAAAGAUAAAUGAAGGUCUCCAGUUAUUUAGUUGGCAUGCCUUUCUCAGACCAUCCCCCAAUCCCAGUUUUGAAGAUUUGUCCAAAAGAAUUGCAGAAGCUUGUAAGGGGCAUCCUCUUUCAUUAGAAGUGAUCGGAUCCUUCUUGUAUGACAAGCAGGAUAACAUGGGUUACUGGACCGAAGCUCUUCACAAUAUUUCACUCAACCAAGACAUUCACGACAGACUUUACAUCAGUUACAGUGCUCUUUGUGAUGAUGAAAAAGAAAUAUUUGUAGACAUCGCUUGCUUCUUCAUUGGAGAACAUAAAACAUUGCCCAUUGUUUUCUGGAUAUCCUUGUACAAUAGGGUAGACCCUGCUUUACAUAAUCUUUCGAUGAAGUUACUGGUAAAGAUUGAUGAUGAAGGUGUAUUUGAUAUGCACGACCAUUUGCGAGAUAUGGGGCGGACCAUUGCUGAAAAAGAAAAAAAGGGUACCCGACUAUGGGAGGCUGCUGAUUUAAGCAACAUAUCCAACAACAUCAAGUGUUCUCGCCUUCGGCUCAAUGGAGGCAUUCCACAAAGACUAAAAAUGUUGUACCGACCUGGUCUUUGCUAUCUCCAUUUGCAGAAUUUGCCCGCUAAAAGCAUGACAGAAGAUUUGCUAGCCAUGCUUCCUACAAGUUUGAUAUGGUUAAGGUUGGAACAUUGUUCCUCUGCAACCGGGAUGAAUAGAGCAACAAAGAAGAUCCUUACAGCAACAAGGAAGAUGAGUAGAGCACUAAGUAAGCCACGACACUCCAGAUCUGGGGGUAACAAUAAGCAAUUGAAGAUAAUGCAACUAAAAGAUAUCAACAACCUCUCUAUCUCCUCCCUAUUUUCACUUCCUAAUAUACAGCUUGUGCAGCACUUGGACUUGGAAGAGCGUAUAAGCUUAAAAAAUCUUCCUGGUACCAUUGGCAAUCUCUCACAGCUGCGGCAUUUGGACUUGGGAGGCUGUGGGAGCUUAAAUAACCUCUCUGAUAUGAUUGGCAACCUGUCACAGCUGCAGCACUUGGACUUGAAAAGUUGUAAAAGCUUACAAAGUCUUCCUAAUACCAUUGGCAAACUGUCACAGCUGCAGCACUUGAACCUGGGAUGGUGUGAGAAGUUAAAAAGCCUUCCUGAUACCAUUGGCAACCUAUCACAGCUGCAGUUCUUAGGCUUGGGAUGGUGUGAUAGCUUAAAUAGCCUUCCUGACACCAUUGGCAAACUAUCACAGCUGCAGUUUUUAGACUUGGGAAGGUGUAGAAGCUUAAAUAACCUCCCUGAUACCAUUGGCAACCUGUCACAGCUGAGGCAUUUGGACAUGGGAUGGUGUGAUAGGUUAAACAACCUCCCUGACACCUUUGGCAACCUGACACAACUGCAGCACUUGGAGUUGGCAGGAUGUAAAAGCUUAAAUAAGCUCCCUGAUACCACUGGCAACUUGUCACAGCUGCAGCACUUGGACUUGGGAGCGAAUGGAAGCUUAAAUAACCUCCCUGAUACUAUUGGCACCCUAUCACAGCUGCAACAUUUGGACUUGAGAUGGUGUGAUAGGUUAAAUAACCUCCCUGAUACCAUUGGCAACCUGUCACAGUUGCAGCACUUGGAUUUGGGAAGGUGUGAUAGUUUGAAUAAUCUCCCUGAUACCAUCGGCAACCUGUCACAGCUGCAGCACUUGGGCUUGGGAAGGUGUACAAGCUUAAAUAAUCUCCCUGAUACCAUUGGCAACUUGUCACAACUGCAGCACUUGGACAUGAGAUGGUGUGAUAGGUUAAAUAACCUCCCUGAUACCAUCGGCAACCUAUCACGGCUGCAGCACUUGGACUUGGGAUCACCUUCCUGAUACCAUUGGCAACCUCUCACAGCUGCAACACUUGGACUUGGGAUGGUGUGAUGGUUUAAAUAACCUCCCUGAUACCAUUGGUAACCU